GGCAGCACACCUGGGCAGCACCGGUCUCCGAUUGGAGAACACGACGAGCUUCGCAAGUCUGCUACAAUUUCACUCCAGUCGUCCUUGGUUCUGCAUUUCAUACACUUGCUUUGGGAUGGGCUGCUUCCAAUCGACGUCCGCGCACGAGCCUGGGCCAGGACGGCGCCGACAGCAGCCACCAGUGCCCACGCCGCCAUCCACUAACACCAACGGCAACUACCCGGACGACAGCAGCUUGUCGUUUUUGAGUGAGAACCCGCCGCCAUCGCUCUUGCCGCAGAGCAGCACGCACUCGUCGUUUCCGAUGCUCCGGUCGUCGGCGACAAACAGCUACUCGAACAACAAGUCGUACUCGACGAACGCGUACUCCAACAACGGCACAGUGGGCGGCGAGACGUUCCUCGACGUGCCAGAGGACCCGCAGUCCGUGCGCAAUAUCUGGGACGACGCGACGCAGGCUGAAAACGGCGCUCGGAAUAUCUGGGUGCAAUCCAAUAACCCCAAGAGCAUGAAGAACAUUUGGGGCCUCCUGAGCAACGGCACGGACGCCAGCCACGUCCGAAGCAAUGGAACCGGCCUCGAGUCCAACAUUUGGUCAGGUCAAACCAAGGUCGACUCCCAGGGCCGCCGCACAAACAUUUGGGGCACGUUCAUGUCGACUGCGUCUUCGAACGGGCCCAAGUCGGGCAGCCGCUGGAGCUUCAUGUCGUCCGGCGACGAAAACGUUUGGAGCCAAGGCACGGACCAGACUGUGGGUUCGAACCCGCGACCACCACCACCACAGUCGGCCGUGCGGUCGACGCGUGACCUCAACUUGAUUGCGAUCGACGAGGAGCAUGAGCAAGAGGUGUUUCGAGCCAUGCCUGCAAGCGACGCACCGGCGACGCGACCGGGUCAAGGCAGCGAUACCUUUCUCAACUCGGUCGUCGUGUAAGCAAUCGCAUACUACACCUUUAAUAAUAUACUAGCCCU